AUGGCCAACUUCAGCAAGCCCGCCAGCAUGAUGACCAUGGUCUUCGGUCUGUUGUCGCUUCUUCAGUUCACCGUUGCUUUCCAGCAUGGCUCCCACCACCACGCACACCCUGCUCGCGCCGCCAGCGAUGCUUCCAUUGCGGCCCACAUCAACGAGAUCGAGGGUGAGCUCACCAAGCGCCAGUCGAGCGGCCCCAUCGCCAUCACCGGUGUCUGCAGCUCUGGCACUGCCUCCAACGGCCAGUGCAACGGCGGCAGGACUUCUGCUCCCCGUCUUGAGAUCCGUACCUUGGCGCGCAACGCCGACCAGUGGAAUCUGUACCUCCUCGGUAUGGAGAGGUUCAUGGGCAAGGACAAGGACGACAUGCUCUCGUACUACCAGGUCUCUGGUGUCCACGGUCGUCCUUUCCAGACCUGGAACAACUUCCCCGCACCUCUCCUCAACCAGCAAGGUUUCUGCCCUCACGGAGGUUCGCUCUUCGGUUCCUGGCACAGGCCUUACCUUGCCAUUUACGAGCAAGCAUGGUACCAGAGCGUCAUGGAGGUGAUCGCUCAGUUCCCCUCCAACCAGCAGCAGCGAUGGAGGAACGCUGCGUCCACUCUCCGUAUGCCAUACUGGGACUGGGCUAUGGACCCCAACGGCGGCCCAACUGUCCCCACUCAGAUGCGCGACUCGACCGUUACUGUUACCAAGCCCCAGGGAACCGUCACUAUCCCCAACCCGCUGUACAAGUACAGCUUCGGCAGCUCGCUUCCCUCUGAGAUGGGUGGAGGCCCAUGGAACAGCUUCCCUGAGACUCUCCGUCGCCCGGUCGCCAACCCUACCCGCAGCAACAACAACGAGAUGAACGCCCGCUUCAACUCCAUCCGCGUCUCUCUCCGUGACCGUGUCUUUGCCCUGUUCUCCAGCAAGGCUAACUGGGGCGCUGCCAGCACUUCUGCCAUUGGUGUCCGCACUGACCUAAGCGGCGGUGGCGUUGACAGCUUCGAGUCCGUCCACGAUGCCAUCCACAACACUGCUGGUGGUGAGUCUGGUGGCCACAUGUACUACCUCGAUGUCUCGGCUUUCGACCCCCUCUUCUGGCUUCACCACACCAACGUUGACCGUCUCCUCGCCAUGUACCAGCUCAUCACCCCCAACACCUACAUCUCCAACGGUAACAUCCCCCGCCCUAUGGCUCAGUGGAACCAGGGUGAGCCCAAGAACCAGUAUUCUCCUCUCAAGCCCUUCACCAAGGACACCGCUGGCAACUACUUCACCUCGGUCGAUGUUAAGGAGACCCGCACUCUCGGAUACUACUACCCUGAGACUAGCGACCGUUCUUACCAGCAGGUUGCUCGCGCUGUUACUCAGCUUUACGGUGCCGGCCAGAGGACUCUAACCAAGCGUGACGGUGACGAAUCCGCAACUGGCCAGUACCUUGGACGUCCCAUCAAGGAGGGUGACUACCACACUGUUCUUUCCGUCAUUGCCAACAAGUACGCGCUUGAGGGAUCCUACACUGUUCACUGCUUCGUUGGAAAGCCUAGCAGCAACUCCACCUCCACCAAGAACUCCACUGCGCCCGCGACCGAGUCAACCUACCCGCUCCUCAACAUUACCACUCCUCUUCUUUCCAUCACCAUUGGUGGUGGCUCCGCUCCCAGCACCGAGGCUCCCAGCAACGAGACCGAUGCCGCCUACGAUCCAUCCACCGACUACACCCAGGACCCCAACUACGUCGGUUCCUAUGGUAUCCUUGGUGCUAUGAUGCAAGGUGGUGCCAACGCUUCCCAGGCUCUCAUGACUGAGGGUGCUCUUCCCUUGACCACCUGCCUCCAGGGUAAGGAAGCCGCUGGCGAGCUUGAGUCGCUCCGUCCUGAACACGUUGAGCCCUACCUCAAGGAGAACCUCUACUACAAGGUUGUUGGUGUCAAGGGCGAGAUCGACGCUGACACCAUCCCCGACUUCCACAUCAGCGUCAAGUGCAACAAGGCCAAGCCCGCUGCCUCUGACGACGAGCUUCCCGACUUGAGCGCUCCUUACGAGGUUCUUGAGAGCGUCACUGCCCACCUCCCCGCUGGAAAGCCCUUCAAGUACAUUCCCACUGCUAUCGACAUUCCUCUGCCCGAUGGCCCAGAGUACCUCGAGCCCAGCAGCGAUGGUUCUAAGCCCCAGAGCCCCAGCAACGGUGUCUUCCCUUACCCAUCCAUGCCCUGGGAGGAGGAGGGUUACUGCAUCACCAAGCAGACCAUUGAGUACGUUGACGAGCAAGGUAACUUCUUGUACUCGGAGAUGUAA